CAAUAGGAAACACGUCUCUCGGAAUAAAAAGCAGCCGUUCCGAUAUUAACACACAUUGUGCGAAAGAGUUUGUUUAUAUUUAUUUACAAAGAUUACGGAUGUUCUGUGUAAAGACAGAAAUAGUUGUUUAUACCUUCUACGGAAGCAUUCGUACGCUCCGGUAUCUCGUCCUUCUAACUUAUGGAUUAUGAACUGAUCGGGGGUUCAAACAGUAGUUUGACAAUAUUAAGCGUACUGAUUAACACGAAGUUAAAUGUCCACGCGUUUUAUAUCGAGUCUGAGUGUUGCCAUUUUAUCAUCACUUAAUUGAUGUGUAAUACUACAUCACUGUCAGAGAUUGAUCUCGUAUCCAGGUAAAGGUAGAGUGAAUGUGGUGAAUUUGAUUGAUCUUGUAACAGAACAGAUUAUUAUCCAGGUACAGGUAGUAUGUCUCGAUUCUUCCUUCCCCCGCCGAGUGUAUAACUGUAUCUAUCCCCCGCACGUUGACUAUACCUGUACGUAUUACGGCUAUCUGCAGUUGUCUUUAUGAAGUUCAUGGUAAAUACUUCGGUUGUGUAGAAAUGAAUUGUUAAUGGAUGAUAAUGUCUGCCAAUCUCAACGCAUUUUCUAUGGAGAAAAUUAAUAAACAACCUUCGGGUUGUCGUCUUUCCUGUUUACACUUGUGAGCUUAUACUUACCAUUUACCGGCACGUCUGAAAUAAACACUUGAGACAAUUAAUGCGACUAUAAAUCAGACGUUUCAGGAUAUUGGUAUAAGAUACUUUUCCUCGUUGAUAUCUAUCUUUAUUUAGAAAGGAUUACUGGUUAGUUGAAGACGUGUAGGCAUGGAGUUGUAAAACAUGACAGUCUGUGGCUUGAGUACUUUUUUUUUCAUUCAUCUUCGGUGUACUAAUCGUCUUGAUUCCCGCUGACUUUGUCAGUAUUUGGUUUCCUGCUGACCUGACAUUUCGUCCACUGGCAUUAGAAACAUUUCUCUAUAUCGUGACAUUUAUCAAUUGAUUUAAUACGAUAAUUUUUAUUCUAGUUUCGAACCCACGCUCUGUGGUAAAUACCGUGAAUUCGAAGUCGCUGAGAACCCAAAUUGAUUCAGUGACAGUGGUGGGCAGGGUUCUGUGGGCGUACCCUGCUGGCAGACGAUCAGCUAUCAUACCUAGACAAGGACAUACCUGGCGGGCUCAGGCUUUUGAUCUCACAUUACCAUGUGUCGAAUUUCUCCGGUUAGUUCCUUGCGAUCGGAUUAGUCGAUGAGGAAUUCAAUUGCACAGCUAAUUAUUGGAUAUAUAGAAGUGAAGUUAUUGUUGGCAGUCGUAUCGUAUUUGAUGGAACUGAGACUACGACUACCAAUACGUCGAAACCGCUUUAUCCUCAUCAUCAUCGUAGACAUUCGCUAGCUACGAUUCAUCGGUUUUGGCACAGCUGUGUCUAUUCGCAUCCACGAUAUUCAAAAGCGAGCGACGUAUGUUCUGAAGAUUUGCAUUUAAUAUGAUAUAAUGGAUCAAACAACGUCUAUGUACCUACCAGAAAUAUCGAAACAGUAUGACGGAAACGUGUCAAAUAUGAGUCAAAUAACCGCCGAUAUGCCGCUAUCGGUGACGAUACCAGUCGCUACGCUUAUGAUAUGCGUCAGUAUCGUAACGUCCAUUGGUAACGCGUUGGUGAUACACGCAAUUCGAACGGAAAAACGACUGCAGACCGUAAGCAACUACUUUAUAAUGAGUCUUGCAGUAGCAGAUAUGUUGAUAGGAUUGAUAGUAACACCACUGAGUAUGCUCUUAUUUGUUAGCGACCAGAAGUGGAUUCUUGGACUGCCUAUAUGUCAGGCCUGGCUGUCCGUGGAUUACGUUUGUAGUACAGCGUCCAUCUUUAAUUUGUUUGUGUUAAGUUUAGAUCGCUACUGGUCGAUUACGUCACCAUUAAGGUACAUUCGAAAAAGAACUGUAAAACGAGCGGCUGUUAUGAUAUCAUUCGUUUGGAUUUUUUCGUCUCUUUGGAUAAUCCCCAUUUUAUUUUGGCAUAUGGUUUUUCUGGGUGGAAAAAGAAGUAUUGAAGCUCAUGAGUGUGAAACAGAAUUUCACAAUAACCUCGUGUUUAAGAUCAUUACAGCAGCUUUUAAUUUCUACAUCCCACUCGUUGUAAUGGUUUAUAUAUACAUUCGGAUUUACUGGGAGAUAAGAAGGCGAAGUGAACUAGCGGUUGGCCGAAAAACUUACGGAUUUAAGAAGAAAAUUGGUGACGAAGAUGCGCGUAUGGUUACGCAGCAACUUGACUUAACGAGUGCACAAGGCGGGUCGUUUGGAGACGAGUGUGAUUAUGAAUAUGAAUCAAUGAGCACAAGUAAAGAGGGCACAAUCAAUAAUGAAGUCGCAAAAAAAAUUAAUUACGUCAACCGGCAAAAUGACAAUGAACGUGAACAAUUUGAGGAGCUAUUAAGUAUGAAAACCAUCGAUAUCAAAUCUAGAGAUAUAGAUAUCGAGGAUGAUGAAGAUUUAAAAGAGGAUGGAUUUCACAUGGAUUCGAACAGUAAUUUUGAGAUGGACUUAUCGGAUCUGACUUCUAAAUUGAGUGCAGAAGCACAAGAGGACAAUUCGGAAACCCAAGAAUCAAAAAUUAUACAAAACGGAUUAUGCACACAAACAAAACUGCCUAUAAGACGUUGUUCUAGUGAUUUGGAAUAUAUCCCAUCGCAAUCAUAUGCAAAUAGUACGUACGCAAUACCGGAUAUUCCAAUUGCAGAAAGUAACUCUUCUGAAAAUCUACAUUCUAAAGUUCCGCCGAAAAAGCGGCGGGUGCGUCGAACUGUUAGCAGUCAACAGUUUGAGACAUCCACUUACACAGUGCUACAAACUGUCAAUGAAAAUGAGGAAGCAAUCUGCAUUGAACGUACUAAUAGCGUAAUGAUACAGUGUAUGAAAUCAAAAUCAUCAUCGUUCCCACGACAAAAACACACACAGCACAACAGGCCCAUUGUGUCUCAGAACGGGGAUGCCGCCCCAGUUCAAACAUUUUCCAGAUCAGCAUCACUGUCGAGAAGAUUAGGAAUUACGCUGCAAACAGGAAUCGCAGGAGAAACUCUCGGAAAGAUAAAACGUUUUUCUUUAAGCAAAGAAAAGAAAGCGCUGAAACAACUUGGUGCGAUUGUCGGUUGUUUUGUUAUCUGUUGGCUACCAUAUUUUGUUGUAUUCAUGAUUGUUUCAUUUUGUGAAAAGUGUGUAAAUGAACAUUUUUACUAUUCUACCAUCUGGUUAGGCUAUAUAAACUCUGCAUUAAAUCCGUUUAUAUAUCCUCUAUGUAACAAUAACUUCAGAGUUGCAUUUCGGCGAAUGCUACGAUUAGACGGAAAGAAAGAACCAGAUAACUGAAGUCGUAUUAUAAUGCAGUUUAUUUUCAUCGAUUCGGUGACAGGCAUUGAAAAAGUGCUAGAAGUUUAAUUUUGAAAGUUCUACAGUGAUACUCAUGUUUAAAUGCUACACUCGAUAUCAUAGUCUAUUGCGGUUUGCAAAAUGUGGAAUUUUCUAAAUCAGAACGACAAUAGGCCGACUCAUCAAUGAUAUAUAUAACUUUAAUUAUCUUAUUUGUACCGUAAUUCAUAAGUAUCUUGUGAAAAUUAAAAUACGUCUAAAUUAGAA